GAUAAUCACACACAUUCUGUCCUCACGAAGUGUCUUUAUUCAUAAUAGAAAUUAUAUAAUCCACAUAUUUUGUUCUUUAUUGCUUUCUUUAUUUUCUCUUCUACUAGGUAUAUCUUAUGUGAAAAUAUAGGAUAUAAAUUUAAAGUACAUUUGAUGACAACUGCUGUUUUUUCCUUAAUCGAUACAUUUUUUAUAGGUAAAGCUAUCAGUUUACUUAUCAAUACUUUUUUUUUUGACUAUUAAGUGUGGAAUAGUGCUUUACACGGAGCCAUAAUAUUCAUAUACAUAUAACCAUAUUAUUUGUGUAUGAAUAGAAAUAAAACUGAUACAUUAUUUCACUAAAUAAUAAGUUUUGAUUUUAAAGAGAGCAUGCAUCUACGUUGGCUAAUUUUCUACGUUAUAAGAUAUUAGAAAAAAAUAAUAAUACGCUCAGAGAUCAACGAAUAUACUGAGCGAAGUUUAAGGAGUAGUAUAGUUGAAUAGUGAACCGCAAGUGGAAGCUCAAGAGUGGGUGAUUCUUUCCUAUUAACUAAUAUCUUCGAUUUUAACAAUGAACUCAUUCCACGUAAAUGAAUUCGGCAAUUCAACCUUAAGACAUCAUGAAGACUCUCCAACUACGUGCAGAUUGAACCCGAUCUGCGUUGAGAUGUCAAAUGAACACCCCCAAACGCAAACCGAAAAAUAUUCUCAGAGAUACCAAGGAUGUUGCUGUAGAAGCCAAUCCAGCGCGGAGAUCGCCUCUGCACCUAAGAAAAAUGAGGAAGAAAAUGUCUCAAUGAUGUCGUGGAGUUAUGCAAAGGAAACUGCUCGACAUAUUUCGAAGUCGAUGAAAUUAUUUGUAAUACAAGUAAAGCGAAUGUCAGUAAAACAAAUUUUUCUAACGCUCAUUUGUAUCGUCAUGCUUAUGCUUGGGAAUAUAAUGCAGAUUCUUAUGCUCAACUUUUGGCUCGUUAGCUUUCCUUCAAACGAGGCACCUGGAAAUUAUACUGCGUUUGCGCUGCCCGGUAUCUUUUAUUCUGUGUUGUUUCUUAUGAUUUUUAUCAUAUAUUAUAUUAUGCGAAAACCAAGUUUGCGCUUUGCAAGGCAUCUUUACGGUUGGAAAAUCAUCAUUCUUAUGGGUUUUUACGAUGCGUUUAACAGCUGGCUUGCUACCUACGCCGCCUCACAUACCUCGGAGAUGUUGCAAUCCCUCUUUCUGAAUCUCAGUCCUCUGUAUUCGAUAUUUUUUUCUAAAUGGAUUCUGCACGAUCCUCGACAUUAUUUUAACAUCUGGACGGUGAUCAUGGCGGUUUUCACCAUCGCUGGUAUUAUUACCGUGGUCUCUUUUAAUUUGAUGGAGGGCGCAGGCUCCACAUCCCACAGGAGGUGGUUCAUCCUCAUCUUCUUCAGCUCCAUCCCCUUUCGAGUUCUCAUGAAUGUCUAUCAGUCGUUGUAUAUGAUUCUUUACACAAGUGACUCGACUUUUAUCGAAUGGCUUCAGUAUCAGUUUCGGAUGCGAACAAACAGCAAAGCCAUGUUACACCAGCCCCCCCUUCCGGUAGAUCAACCCCGGGAGGCAACGGUUACGAGUCCGGUAUUGAUCCCAGCCAACGCCGAGAAUAAAAGCCAUCCCACCACUCCUUGCCGUUGUCAUAGCUUUACGGAAGGUCCUGACGGCUUCCUUUGGGAUGGAUUCGAUGCGACUGUGGUGAAUCACGAUGACAUCAGUGAACACCAGCGUAAUAUCGUUUCGAUCGCAUAUCACCAAGGUGAUGAUACUGCCGUUAAAUUGGUCAUGUUGGCGGGAGAGACCUUCUUCCAGUUGUGCUUUACUCUUGCUUUUCUGCCGGCGGAUGCGAUUCCGUGGUACGGCAGCAGCCACACCGUGCAUGAUACCUGGACAAACUUUCGAAGGGGAAUUAAUUCCUUCUUCACGAUUCCUGAAAAUUUUACCUACGGCUCGUUGUACACGCUAGGGUUUGUGUUCAAUUAUAUUGGAGCUGCAUAUGUAAACCAUCACAGCGUAACACUUUGUUCUCUCAUCACACAGCUCUCUUCACCGUUGACGGGCUUGUUGUUGGUGAUAGUGCCACGUUUGAAUGCGCUCGAAGAGGAAGAAAGGUCGUGGGGGGGUAAUGUGGCCGCAAUCAUCAUGCUAAUCUUGGCAUCGCUGGCUUAUGUGGUGUGGGAACAGUUAACUCAUGAUAAGAUGGCGGAAGGAGAAUGGGUGCUGAAAACGAGGAAACUUCACGUAUAUAAUAAUGAAGUAAAUGACAUAUUGGGCAACAGUGUGGAUUUGAAACCUUUUGACUAAAGGUGUAGUUAAUUGAUCGUUACACCCUCGCAUAGUGGAUGUCUAAAUUAUGAGUUAAUACCAGACAACAAGAACGGGGAAAAUACAGAAUUCUAGUUAUAAACUUUUAGCUUUUAAUUAUGCAUAUAUGAGUUGAAGUACACUGAAUACGCAUAUCAGUGGAAAUUUUAUUUCCUUAUUAUUUUGGGUGAAUAGUUCAAUCUCUUUCUAAUAAUUUUCAAGGUAAAAUAUAUAUCUAUUUAUCUAUCUAUCUAUCUGUCAAUCAAACAUUUUAUCUAUCUAGCUAUUUAUCUAUUUUUCUAUAUCUAUAUGCUAUAUGCUUGUAUUUUCCCACUUUCCCUAUAUUUUCCGUUAAAAAAAUAUAUAUGAAUGCAUAUACACACGCGUCU